AGGUGGUGGUGCGCUGCCGGCCCAUGAACCAGCGCGAGCGGGAGCUGAACUGCCAGGCCGUGGUGACGGUGGACUGCGCGCGCGGCCAGUGCUUCAUCCAGAACCCGGGCGCCGCCGACGAGCCCCCCAAGCAGUUCACCUUCGACGGCGCCUACUACAUGGACCACGUCACCGAGCAGAUCUACAACGAGAUCGCCUACCCGCUGGUGGAGGGAGUCACCGAGGGCUACAAUGGCACCAUCUUUGCCUACGGCCAGACGGGCAGCGGAAAGUCCUUCACCAUGCAGGGCCUGCCAGAGCCACCGUCCCAGAGGGGCAUCAUCCCCAGGGCCUUUGAGCACGUGUUUGAGAGUGUUCAGUGUGCAGAGAACACCAAGUUUCUGGUCCGGGCCUCUUACCUGGAGAUCUACAAUGAAGAUGUCCGUGACCUGCUGGGGGCUGAUACCAAGCAGAAGCUGGAGCUGAAGGAGCACCCGGAGAAGGGUGUGUACGUGAAGGGGCUGUCCCUGCACACGGUGCACAGCGUGGCCCAGUGCGAGCGCAUCAUGGAGACGGGCUGGAAGAACCGCUCGGUGGGCUACACCCUGAUGAACAAGGACUCCUCGCGCUCCCACUCCAUCUUCACCAUCAGCAUCGAGAUCUACGCCGUGGACGAGCGGGGCAAGGACCACCUCCGAGCCGGCAAGCUGAACCUGGUGGACCUGGCAGGCAGUGAGCGGCAGUCCAAGACGGGGGCCACCGGGGAGCGGCUCAAGGAGGCCACCAAGAUCAACCUGUCGCUGUCCGCCCUGGGCAACGUCAUCUCGGCGCUGGUGGACGGGCGCUGCAAGCACAUCCCCUACCGCGACUCCAAGCUGACGCGGCUGCUGCAGGACUCCCUGGGCGGCAACACCAAGACGCUGAUGGUGGCCUGCCUGUCCCCCGCCGACAACAAUUACGACGAGACCCUCAGCACGCUGCGCUACGCCAACCGGGCCAAGAACAUCAAGAACAAGCCGCGCAUCAAUGAGGACCCCAAGGACGCCCUGCUCCGGGAGUACCAGGAGGAGAUCAAGAGGCUCAAGGCCAUCCUGGCGCAGCAGAUGAGCCCCAGCAGCCUGGCAGCUCUGCUGUCCAGCCAGGCACCCCCAAAGCCUGUCCAGGUUGAGGAGAAGCCCUGGCCCACCCCUGUGAUCCAACAAGACACAGAGGCGGAGAAGCAGCUAAUUCGGGAGGAGUACGAGGAGCGCCUGGCCCGGCUGAAGGCUGACUACGAGGCAGAGCAGGAGUCCCGGGCCAGGCUGGAGGAAGACAUCACUGCCAUGCGCAACUCCUAUGAUAUGAAGCUGUCCACGCUGGAGGAGAACCUGCGGAAGGAGACAGAGGCUGUCCUGAAGGCAGAAGUCCUCUACAAGGCCGAGGUCAUAUCCAGGGCCGAGUUUGCCAACACGACCGAGCAGCCACCAGCGAUCCAGUACGAGCUGGCGGCGAAGCCCGAGGUCUUCUCCACGCCCCAGGAGCCCUCUAGGUGUGAGGUUUCCUGGGCGUCGGAGUCAUCGCCGCUGGACUCCUCCAUGUCUGAGGCCUUACCUGGUGCCGAGGAGUUCUCCAAUGGAGAGUUCUCUGUGCCCGAGGAGGAGCCCAGGGACAAGUACUUCCUGGAUGACUAUCUCGGCCAGGCGGCUGCUGGGCCCCCGCUGGAGGAAGAGAGCGCUGUCCAGGGGGAGGGACUGUCGAUGCUGCCGCUGCAGCUGUUGCCGAGCCUGCAGGACCCUUUCGCCGAGGUGGAGCUCAAGCUGGCCAGACUGUCCUCCACUGUGGCCAGGAUAGACGUACCCCAGCCAGGCGCACCCCAGGUCCCCGAGCAGCACCCCUCCCCACCAGAACUGCCGGAGCCCAGUGACACCAGUUCGGAAGCAGAGGUGUCCAGUGACCUCCCACUCAGCACUGAAGUGGAUCUAGUCUCAGAGGUGACAAAUGAGGUGGAGUCCACAGCAGAGCCUGGCUCUUGGAUGGAGGCUGAGGCCGAGGCGGCCCAGGGGACCCAGCCUCAGCCCCUGCAUCCUGUGGGGAGCUUGAGCAAGGAGAACGUGGGUGUGGAGGUGGCUGUGCUGACUGAGGAGCUGCUGGAUCAGCAGAAGGUGCUGGCCCGCCUGCAGUUGCUGGAGCAGCAGGUGGUGGGCGGGGAGCAGGCCAAGAACAAGGACCUGAAGGAGAAGCACAAGCGGCGGAAGCGGUACGCGGACGAGCGCAAAAAGCAGCUGGUGGCGGCGCUGCAGAACUCAGACGAGGACAGCGGGGACUGGGUGCUGCUCAACGUCUACGACUCCAUCCAGGAGGAAGUGAGGGCCAAGAGCAAGCUACUGGAGAAGAUGCAGAGGAAGCUCCGGGCAGCAGAAGUGGAAAUCAAAGAUCUGCAGUCAGAAUUCCAGCUGGAGAAGAUUGAUUAUCUGGCCACUAUCCGUCGGCAGGAGCGCGACUCCAUGCUCUUCCAGCAACUUCUGGAACAGGUGCAGCCCCUGAUCCGCAGGGACUGCAACUACAGCAACCUGGAUAGGAUUCGGCGGGAGUCAUGCUGGGAUGAGGAGAGUGGCUUCUGGAAGAUCCCAGAGCCCAUCAUCAUUAAAACCAGCCUUCCAGUAGCAGUUCCAACUGGGCAACAGAACAAGUCAGCCCGCAAGACCUCUGCACCUGACAACGGGGAGCCAAACAUGUGUCUAUAUACAAUGGAGUUUUACCCAGCCACAAAGAAGAAUGAAAAGAAGAAUGAAACUGAGUCAUUUACUGGCAGAUGGAUGGAGCUGGUGAACGUGAUGCCAAAUGAAAUAAACCAGACUCAGGAAGUCAAGGGUCAAAUGUUCCCUCUCAUUUGUGGAAGCUGUCAUCAGUGAUAUCUGGGGUUCUCAAAGUAGAUCCUAAAAAAUUCUGUUCAGUUCACAUCCACAGACUUUGCAUAGCACUCCAGGUCAGGGUGUUUGGGGAGACGAACUAUGCUUGUCUGAAGGAGUUUACAGUCUCACUGAGAAGCCUGUUCCUGCUGCUUGAAUCCCAAGUCAUGCAACUUUCCUCUAAGCUGCCACCUUGAAUCUCUCUCAAAAAUGAAGUCUUAACCUGCAACCACAAAAAGAUUAUGUGAAAGCACUUCUAGUUCCAAGAGACAGAUGUCAAAUAGUCACAAGCAGCCAGUGUGGUAGUGCAUAUCUAUAAUCCAAGUGAAUGGGAGGCCAAGGCAGGAGGAUCACAAGUUCAAGGCCAAUCUCAGCAAUUUAGCAAGAACCUGUCUUAAAAAAACAAAGAAGGCUGGGGAUGUGGCUCAGUGAUAGAACACUCCUGGGUUUAAUCCCCAGUACCACCACUAACAAAAACAAAAUAGGAAGUUUAUUGGUUCAUAUAAGUAGACUAAUUUCAGGCAUGGCUGGAUGUAGGGGCCCAAACUGUGAGGGUUUUAUGUCUUUCCCUCUUGUUUUUGGUAUGCUUUCUCCACAGCGUGGGAAAGAUGGCCUGCAAACGGUUAUGAUCCAAAAGGAAGAGAGACCUGGUCCCUUAAAAUCUCACUCUGAGGCUGGUGGAAAGGUUCUCAUUAGCUCUGCCCAGGUUAUGGGCCUAUUCUUGGAUCAAUUACUUUGUUCAGGAGGAUGAUGCUCUGUGAUUGGCCCAGUGUGGGUCAUGUGUCUGGCCCUGUAGCACAGGGCCCUGUGGAUGAUCACCCUGCUGGGAACCUGGUGAGGGACAGAACGGAGAGAGUCAGUCUAUGACAGCAGUGAGGAGUGUCUGUUCUGGGUGACGGAGAGGUCAGGAUGCCAGUCACAGUGGUCAUAGGGUAGCUGCGGGCUGGGUACUCUAUUCCUUGUGCUGUGGAGUUUGGGCUCUGUAUCACCCUUGCCCCUGCUGGAGCUGGCAGGAGGGAACAAGGUACUCCCCAUCUCAAGGGAGGGAAGGCAGGUGUGGGCCUGGCUGGAGACAACCGCCUGAUCCCCACCUUCCUGAGUUGCUCCCGGGGCUCCAGGGUCUGUGGCAGAUUGUGCUGCCAUGGGCCAUGAUCCCUCCAGCCCUCUGGUGCAGCCUGGGGGAGGCUCAGGCCAGCCCCACUCCACCAGGCUUCUGGAGGCUGCUGAGCCCCAGGCAGGGGGCCCAGAUCAGCUCUGCGAAGAUGAGG